CACUCCAUAGAUCAGACUGGAGCUAACUAACUGAUGCUAUACUGAUAGGAACAGUCUAGUAAUGCUCCUUAGUGGAUUCAAAUGGGUGAUGCAAAUGUCUGUGAACAUCAAGAAUAUGGCGUGUUCUUUAUGAUCGAAAGUUUGUUAAAUAUGCUACGAAAAGAAACUAAUUUUUUUUUAUUUAGCGGAAUCUCAGCGCAUUUUAAACUACGUCUAUUCUGUGUAUAACAAAUAGUGAAUUCGACACUUGUUCAAGAGAUAGUGAAUUCGACACUUGUUGGAGAGAUAGUUAAUUCGACACUUGUUGAAGAGAUAGUUAAUUCGACACGUUUUUCAGAGAGAGAGAGAGAGAGAGAGAGAGAGAGAGAGAGAGAGACAGAGAGACAGACAGACAGAGAGAGACAGACAGACAGAGACACAGAGACAGAGAGAGGAAGCUCACUGCUGCCACACAGCCUAUUCCUGAGGGAAAAAAGAUAUUUUAUAUAUACUUUUACAUAGAGAGGACAGAAUGAAUGAAUGUUUAACUACACCAGCACGAAAAAUACAUAGGCUAUUGGUAGAGAGAACAGUACACAAUGCAGCCUUUGAAGUACCAAUCGUGAAGGCAAUCGGUUGGAACGGUAAACAAAACGUGUCUAUAGACGGUGAUCGAUGCUAUGACCAUCACACCACAGCGCUUGGGUGAUCGGUGGCUCUCCACGGAGACGAGGCCAUGAAAGGCAAAGCUAGGUAAUUGAAAAAGCGUUAGCGUGUGUAUCCAUCCGGAAGGCUGUUUUCGAACACGACGAUCCCCGGGAGUCUAGCUAGUGAUGGUAGUUGUGAGGCAGUAUGCCUGUUCCAGAGAUGAACUGGAAACACUUGUUGGCUCUCCUGCUCGUUACCUUAGCCUAUGUGGUUUUGGGUGGCGUCGUCUUCAGUCACAUUGAGCUCGAUAAUGAGAACAGAAUCAAAACGGCUUUGCGCGACGGGCUUCGCACUUUUCUUGCAAACCAUAGCUGUGUGUCACUGAAUGACAUCAACAACCUGUUUCUCCUCGUCGGCGACGACGUCAAACUGGCGCGUAUCAGCGUGUACAACAAGACAACCAUAUCGAUGUGGGAUGUGGCUGGCGCCUCUGUGUUCGCGGUCACUGUCGUUACGACAAUAGGAUAUGGAAAUCUUGCCCCCAGGACCUCCAUCGGUCAGGCUGUAUGUGUUGUGUAUGCACUCUUUGGCAUACCCCUUAUGAUGUUUUUACUGAAAGAUAUCGGCGAAAAGCUAUUCUCUGUUGCUUACAAACUGUAUCAGUUCCGGUACUUUAAAAAUAAAGAAAAUCAACAGAAAAUAUUCAAUGGGAUAUUACUAUGUUUGCUGAGCUUCACUAUAAUUAUCGGACUUCCGGGCUAUUUGUUUUCAUAUUUGGAGAACUGGACACUGGGACAGGCUUUCUACUACUGCUUUAUAACGCUUACUACGAUUGGUUUUGGUGACUUUAUCGCCGCAGAGUCUUACAACCCUAAAGCCCCCACUGGCACCGCGGGGCGAUUCUACAGAUGGUUCGUCUUCAUCUGGAUCAUAUUAGGCUUGUCGUUCCUGUCACUGGUCAUCAGUCUCUUGUCUAAAGUGAUGGUCAGUAAAGUCAGAUCCAUGGAGCAAUACACCAGCGAAAAAAUAGAGAAUGAGGUACACAAAAUACAAGAAGAAUUGACUAACGUCAAGAACAAAUACAUCGGGGAUAGCAAGCGAAUUUCAUUUGAGAAAACGGAACCAGAUGGCAGUGGUGUCGAAACAAAGAGUCAAGGUGCCACACUGAUCAGCGUUUCAGUUACAAAUAAACCCAGGGGAGUGGUGGACAACGAUUCCGUCACUGCUGACAGCAGUGUUAUCGAAUUAGAAACAUCGUUGACAGAUUAUCAUUGUUGCAUAAUUAAAACUGAGUCAGGAAGUGUAACGGUAGGUGACUGCCCUUGGGAGAUAGGGAAAACUUGUCCUAAACAUGGAUCUUUAGCGAAUUCUCAUUGUGACGCAGGGAAAACUGAUACCGGAAGUGCAUCUUUGGUAGAUUCCCACUGUAAGAUAGGAAAAACUAAUUCCGGAAGUGUAUCUUUGGCAGAUACCCAAUGUGAUAUGGGGAAAACAGAUUUUAGAAGUGAACCUUUGACAGAGUCUUAUUGUUGUGUUGGAAAAAUUGAUUGUGGAGGUGGAUCUUUCAUAGACUGUCAUUGUGGUAUUGGGAAGAAGGAUUUCAGAAGCGCAGAAUCAAGAGAACAAUGUUCUUCCGCUCAGUUGCAGGAAAUUACGAAUACAAGUAUUUCUGGAACGCGCGAAAAGUGUGAUUAUAAAAACGAAUCAAGUUUGUCUGAUUCGCGUAAUAACAAUAAACUUAACAGUGCUGGACAAAAUCAAAGUACGAAUUUGUGAUGCUGUCUUCAGGAAAUCCAGUAUUUUAGAACACAUAAUAGCAACUCUGAAAGUAUAUGAACUACAUACAUUUAUUUCAUCGAAAUGUGACAGUUUUAUGUACAAAUAAUGAACAAAAACAAAAACCAUAUUUUAUAACUAUACAUAUAUUUUCAAAAGAAAGAAUUGUUUUAAAAGAAGAGAGUACUACAUACAGAUUACUGAGUGAGAGAACAAAAUUCUGUUUGAUCGAGAACUCUGUUUUAAUAUGGAAUACUGCUUUAAGACAAGAUAACACUCAAUUCAAGUAUAUUUUUAGAAUAGUACCAUUCAACAGGAUCCGUGACAAAUUCUUUUGGAGCUUUGAAGAUGGUUUCCAUAACUCUAAGAAACGUAAAAAUUAUUAUUUUGGGGGCAACCAUUUGAAACUGGCACAUGUCGGGGGGGGGGGGGGGGGGGGCAAAAUGGGCGCCACCGAUACUUAAACCACUUUACGGAAGCAACAAACUUCAAAAUAUCGAUUUCAGGAAUUUUCAGUAUGCUGAAUCAGAUGUUAAUGCUUAUUUACUAAUUAAGAGUCGAUAUCAUACCUAUUUUACAUUUAAAAGUCGACUUGGUACCACAGUAUUGUUGUUAUUUUAGGCUUAGAUUACCAAUUGCAGCAGAAAGUUAGCCAAUUCGACGGUUGCGUUGUUCUUUUUCCAACUCCCGACUUAGACGGGUGCGCUCAGACCAACAACUCGGCGUUCGUAGAAGUCGUAAGGGCGCUCGACUAGCAACUGGACAGUCGUAGAAGUCGUAAAAGCAGAAAAUUGGCUAACUUUGUACUGGCAGUUAGUAGUAUGAACCUAGCAUAAAUGUAAUUAAUAACGAGUUUCUUAGAACGCGUAGUGGACAUAUUAUUUAUUGAAUUCUGUGUUUUUCCAGAUGUAAGAUUUUGAAUAUGAUAACAGGUUUGUGCAAUAUAACCCAGGCAUAAAAGUCGUUGAAUAUGAGACAUUUGUUUUAUUUUACCAAUACGAGUAUAUUUGUAAAACUUUAAAAAAUCCCAUUAAUUUGACCAUUAUAAAUUAAUAAUGAUCUGUUUACAAUGAUCGACAUUUUCAUCAGUAUACACAGUUUACUUUUUGAUACACUUUCACCUCCUAAAAGUGUACAGCAGAAAUAUUGACUGUAACUCAGCAAUAAAAUGAAAUGAUGUCCUAUUCUAUAAUUGUCCAUGAAAUUCAAUGUAUGAUUGUGAUUAAAUGAUUUCACAGAAUCUUUUGAUAUCGUAAAACGUGUUUCCAUUCAGUCAAAUUGGCAAUCCAUUAUUUUAUGAAGCUCAUAUACACAAGUGAUUACAAUAUUUUUAUUUUCAAAACUAUACGCUUACAUUUAACUCUCUCUCUCUCUCUCUCUCUCUCUCUCUCUCUCUCUCUCUCUCUCUCUCUCUCUCUCUCUCUCUCUCUCUCUCUCUCUCUCUCUCUCUCUUUUCUAACGCACGUGGAAAUGUCGAUAAUUGUGAACUUACUGCAACACUUUCGAUUUUGCCAUCUUGAUUAUAGAUAAUUGAUCUGGGAUUUUGAUGACAAUUUUAUGUUCUUUAAUAAAAGAAAGACGAAAGUAUUCAUUUUCACCUAGGUUACCUCAUUGUUCGAUUUUGUUACGUUAAACAAAUACUGACUAGUUCUGUAAGCGUGCUGAAUGCCAGACAUGUUUGGAUCGAAAGCUAUAGCAGGCUCUCUGUAAUUACACCUUUUUUUAUAAAGACAUGAGAAAUAACGAUAAUCCAAUUGAUGGCAAUAAUACAAGACUAUCUUACACGUUUCAACAAUCAAUAAAUAAAGAAACUGAAGAAAUUCAGUCUACGUUCCUCUUUGUGUA